UUUUCAGAUGAGAUUAUAAACAUGUCUCCGGGGGUGUUUGCAUUUGAUAUAUGCAUCACGUUCAUCCUCGCAGCACUGCUUCUUUGGAGGUACAGUGAUGUGUACAGACAACGUGUACUGGUCACACUAUCUGUAUUGACCGCCUGGUAUUUCUCCUUCCUCAUAAUUUUUAUUCUUCCUCUAGAUGUUUCUUCAACUGUUUACAGAAGCUGUCAUCUGCGAGCAAUUAAUGGGACCGGAUCAAAUAUCACAAAUACAAACUUGACCCAAGAAGAUACAACACUGGUAGAAGUAUCAACUGUCAACUCUUCAACAUCCAUCACAGAUUCUUCAGGAAACCUGUUCGGGAACUCAUCUACACCAGAAUAUGAUCCUUGCAACACACCGGAUUUUAUUGUAGAGGACUCAUCGUUGUAUAAUCUAUGGAGGGUAGUUUACUGGAGUAGUCAACUUCUAACCUGGAUAUUUCUUCCUCUUAUGCAGAGUUUCACGCAAGCUGGAGAGUUUACAUUCUGGGGUAAACUGAAAUCAAGUUUAUGGGAUAAUGCAAUAUACUACACUUCCUACCUGUUCAUAGCCAUCAUACUAGUCAUAUAUAUUGCUGUCCAACCAGGAUUAGAUCUAGAUGGAAACAAACUAAAGGCAAUUGCAGCCGCAGCAAGCAACACCUGGGGUCUAACAUUGCUUGUGUUUAUGCUUGGAUACGGCCUUGUUGAAGUUCCUCAACAACUUUGGAAUUCAAGCAAGAGGGGACACAGGCUUAAUCAGGCAUAUUUUAAGGUUUCCAAACUGUGGGGUGAGAGAAGUGAUGCUGAAGGGGAUUUAGAGGAAGCUCUGGGUAGCGUAGAAGCUGCUUCAAGGCAAGUGGAUUUGGCGCACUCUUGCAGACCCUACAUUGACAUCAUUCUAGGGAAGGUACCAACUGAACUCCUGGAAAGGGUUCGACGAAGAAGAAUUGAGCAAGACCCGAGUAUUGAGAUCAAUGAGAAACAUCUUGCCAAGUUGCACAAGCGGGUCAACAUGGCUUUACAGGCACACAAGAGAACUGAGGCUCAGUGGGAGGAUCUAAUUGAUAAAGUAUUUGCACAUGAGGAUCAAAAUAAGAAUUCACUCAGCGCAGACAGAUCUUUCAAACAUCAGAUGCCACGCAAGGAUUGCUGGUAUCGUGUCGUGUAUACUCCUCAGGUAGAAUGGUAUUACCAAUGUUUACUGGUUCCUAUGCUCUACAGAACUUGUGCAAUCAUAGCUUCAGCUCUAUCCAUCAUAAUGGAGUAAUGGAUUAGUGUGACCUUCUUCGUGAAGAGUCCCACGUUGUCCCUGUUCGCUCUGUUUAUCCAGGCCGCCAGCUACAACCAGAACUAUACAGCAAUACAGAUCAUCUCAUUCCUUACCAUCUGCUAUAUGGCACUAUGUGCUUUCUAUACUAUAUUCAAGGUACGUGUAUUGAACUAUUACUACCUUGCUUCCAACCAUCAGAGCGGAGAGUAUACUCUACUAUUCUCCGGAGCUCUACUGUGCAGGCUUACUCCUCCCCUCUGCCUAAACUUCCUCUCUCUCAUACACAUGGAUAGUCACGUGCUCGGUGAGGAUCUGCCUGAGACCGCGUACACCAAGGUGAUGGGACACAUGGACGUUGUCUCCAUCAUCUCCGACUACUUCAACAUAUACUUCCCCAUCCUGCUCAUCGUCCUUACUCUAUCCACAUACCUUUCCUUAGGUUCUAGAUUCCUUUCAAGUCUUGGGUUCCAACAGUUCCUUGUGAGUGAUAAUACUAGUGGAGAACUUGUGGAGGAGGGUAAAGAGCUUGUUAGAAGGGAGAAGAGAAGAAGAGGAAAGUUGAAUGAUGGAGGAAGGAAAAAUGGCGAAAACAAUAUGAAUUCAAGGGAAACAAGGGAAGCAAGGGAGAGUUCAAGCCCUCCUCCAAGGGAAUUCAAUAGACAAGUUUCCGCAUUCUCAAAUCGGAAUCAAGAUAUGGAGAUAACGGCACGGGAGCCACCGAGAAAUAUAUUUGACGAUUUAUAAAAAUAUAUUUAUUAUUCUGAAACGGGAAAAGAACUCAUUUAAAAAUAUUUAGCAUAGUGUAUAGUAGAAAAAUAAAAAUUAGCUUAGAUGCAUUUAUAAGAAUUGUUAAAAUUCUUCACAUUCUUGCAAAUCAAUUCUCACAGAAUACGCAGUGUCAUAUCCGUGAACCAAAUUAUUUUCUAAA